AUGGUUCCGCCGGCCCGCGAGGCGCCCUUGGCAGUAAAGCCUCCCGCCGCCUCCGCCGCCCCCGCCAAGAGCCUCCUCUCUUCCGCCCCGUCGCCUGGCUCGAGUCUGACGCCGCCGCUGACGCCCGUCGAAGAGGACGGCGGCUCUCGGAUAAUACCCAUACUCGACGGCGCUCAGUCGCAGGUGCCUCCGCCCUGGGCAGCGCAGCUCGACGGACCCAGCGAGUGUUCUCUCCCGCUCAAGUACCGCUAUGGCCAGGACGGCUGCCGGAUAGAGUACGGCAGAGGCGCCUGGAGUAGCGUCUACAGUGCCAUUAGCUUCGACCACGCUGCUUCUCUGGGCACAUCGCCCCCCCAAACUCCCACUCGCGGCUCUUCGGCCUCGUCUCCUAUGCUGGGCCCACGUAACCGGAGUGGUAGCGGUGGCAGUGGUAGUGGCAGCACCCAUACCACCGUGUACGCAGUUAAAGUGGCCUCUGGACGUUCAGCAUACGGUGCCAUCUCCGCUGAAGCAGAUAUCCUUACAUUUCUCCACCGCAUGCCAGGAAGUACAGCUCACGUUGUGCCGUUUCACGGUUACAUUCCUUCUGAACAUGCCAUUGUCAUGACUGCCAUCCCGCUCUCCCUUGCUUCGUACAUCAAAACUCGAGCUAAAGAAGCGGCUGCUGUAUUCAACACGAGAACCAUGUUCAAACCUGUUCUGGGAAUGGCAACCUGGCUUUCCUCCGCCGCCAAGCUGGUCGAGGGACUUCGGUGGAUGCACGAAGCAGGCGUCGUCCACGGGGAUAUCAAGCCUCAAAACAUUCUCCUUCGUCCUCGGGUUCCCAGCAUCAGCAGCGACUUCACUGCUGCUGCUGGUACCACGACCACUGCAUCAAGCAGUUCAGGGGCCAUCAAUGACACUGCAGUAAAUGCAUUCGACCUGCUCUUCAUCGACUUUACUUCUUCUCUCUACUCCCAUGGCGGCAACAUGGCUCUGAACUCGACUGCCGACUCCCGGUUAGCCACCAGUCUUCCCUUCACAGCCCCAGAACUUCUAUCGAUCAGCUCGAUGACGGCACCACCAACUCCAGCACCUUCUUCAGACAUCUUCGCCUUGGCUCUCACCCUGGUCGCUGCUGCAAUCGGUUAUGGAGAGGUCUACCCAGGACUGGAGAGACAUAGAGCCCUUGCCCUUGCCAGAGAUGGCCAUCGUGUGAUCGACUAUGUCCGUGCUGGGGAGCAGGGAACUAGGAUCCCACGCAAGGGGGUGGUGGAGAGGGUUAUAUCUCCUGCUGUUCUGAAGGAUGUAGACAGCAGAGCGACCGCUAAUGCAUGGUUGGGUGUUAUCAGGGGUGAGAUCGCAGCUCUAGGAUAG